AUGGCCGACUGCUCCAACUUCCCUGAUGCGGGAACCUCGCUCUGUCUCCCCGACACUUGUGAUGUGUACACCCUGCAGGCGAACCAGACCUGCUAUGAUAUCACAAUGAUUUAUAAUUCGACCUUUACAGUGACGCAGCUAAUCUCGUGGAAUCCGGAUAUCAAUCGAGACUGCAGCAACUUGGAGGUGAUGAUCGGGACUCACCUCUGCGUAAGCGCUCCGGGGGAUACAGGAGGACCAAGCGUGACGACAACGACGACAUCGACCAUUGCAACACCCACGGCCGCGCCGACCAAUGUGGCGAAUGGGACCAACACCCGCUGUGCCAAGUACUAUGAAGUCGUUCUGGGAGACACUUGCGGCUCUCUAACGGUGAUGAUGGCCAUCAGCCUGGAUGAUUUCUAUUUCUUAGUAAGACCAAUGCCCUCCCCUUCCUCGCAUGGCACAGCCACUCAUAUGCUCCAGAACCCCGAGGUCAAUAAGACCAGCUGCAGCAAUCUCCUAGCUAGCUCAUCCUACUGCGUGCAGGCCGUGGGCGAUAUCGCGACCUACUCCGGAUACGGUUCUAUUCGCAGAGGAUACAGCAAUCCCUGUAUAACAAUGGUUCCUCUACCAUCCAGCUGCAUAGCAGCUACAGCGACAACCACCGACUCCGACUGGACUUUCCCUACCUAUACAUCCAACGCGACCCAGCCGACCACUUUACCGCUUGCUCUGGGGACCUGGUCCAACUGCUCGGCCUACACGGAAUAUAUUCGGCCCGUCCGUAAUACUUCGACUAUAAACGCGUGCUACGUGGUGGCAAGCAUAUACGAUGUGAACGUGACAGAAUUCGUCUCCUGGAACCCCUCCCUCUCUUAUGAUGAGAACGCGGCUGAUCCCAACCGCUGUCAACUCAAACCCGGAUACCGGUACUGCCGCCAGCUGACCAAAGCUACGGUGACUGCCACCACUACUGCAACUACAACAACGACGACAACAAGUGAACAGGCCACGAGCACUGGACCAAAUGGGCAGCCAACUCCACUGCCAAUUCAGGAUGGAAUGACUACCAGCUGCGGCACCUUCUAUCUCGUCAAAACUAACGACGGAUGCUACGACAUCGCAAAAGCGAACAAUAUUGCGUUAGACCAGCUAUAUACCUGGAAUAAGGCCCUGAGCGGGGACUGUACGGGCUUGUAUCCCACUUAUUACAUCUGUGUGGGCCUGGUUGGUAGCACCACCACCACCACCACAAGUGCCACAGCGACAACAUCGUCCGGGGGAGUUUCAACGCCCACUCCCACCCAGGCCGGCAUGGUAAGCAGCUGUACGUCAUUCUACUACGUUCAAAGCGGUGAUGGCUGCUACGAUAUCGCGGCGAGUAACGGCAUCGCCCUGGACGCGUUAUAUGACUGGAAUCCAGCGCUAGGUGGAGAUUGCAGUGGGUUGUGGCCGGAAUAUUAUAUCUGUGUGGGGGUGUAA